AUGGAAUCUUUGGAUGACUUUGAAAAUGCUUCAGACCUAGCUCCAAGUGUUCCUAAAAGUACUGCUUACUUCUGCAAUGUUCUGAACCACGUGAAGCUGUCGAUUCUUUCAGUUCUGCCAUUCGAGGAAAGUAGUUUACCUGUUAAAUAUCUGGGAGUACCGCUUGUUUCUACUCGUCUUGUUUAUAGGGACUGUAAUGAAUUGGUGGAGAAGGUGAGGAACCGUGUUCCAGAUUGGAAGAACAAAUCACUAUCAUUCGCUGGUAGACUUCAAUUACUUCAAUCUGUUCUAGGCUCGAUGAAUGUGUAUUGGAGUACGAUGUUUAUGUUACCUUCACGAGUUAUUAAUGAGGUGGAACAGAUUAUGAGGUCUUUCCUUUGGCAAAAGGGUUUUCUUUUAUCAGCUUCGGUUUCAGAUCUUAUUCAUGAUAAUAUGUGGAGCUGGCCUACGGAGUGGGGUAAUAUACUCCCACCUAUUGAGGAUAAUUCAGGUUCGAUCCUACCUUUCCCGGUUUCUCAGGUUUGGGAAGCUAUUCGUCCUCGUGAUGUGAUUGUUACUUCGUAUCAUGUUGUUUGGUUUAACCAAUGUAUUCCUAAGCAUGCAUUCCAUGUAUGGUUAGUUGUGAAGAAGAAACUCAAAACUCAGGAUAUGUUGCAACCAUGGGAUGUGAAUGGUCCUGUGUCAUGCGCGUUUUGUGGUAUUCAACCUGAUUUGCAUUGUCACUUAUUUUUUGAGUGUGGUUUUGCUGCACAAGUUUGGAAUGGCAUUUGUAAUAGUGUUCAGUUGGAUUCUUAUUCGGAUGAUUGGAACAUUGUGUUAGCUAGUUUUACUUCAAUUUCUACAUUGAAAAGGGUGGAUGCUAUCAUUGCUAAACUAGUUCUUGGAGUGUCUCUUUACUUCAUUUGGCAAGAAAGAAAUUUUCGGUUGUUUCAACAAAAAAGGAGAUCGGCUCAAUAG